CAUAGCAAGGGGAAGCAAAGGCAAACUCCAACCAAAGGGGCACCAAACUGGUAAAGGGAUAGGCUUGGUAUAUAGGGAGACUAGGUGGCCAGGCGAGAAGGACAGCCAAGCGGGGAGACACAGCAACCGCGAGAACAAGAAGAAGCUCCACUCCGUUUCAUAUAGUGGGAGCUAGCCAGCUUGUAGAUACUUAGAUAGAGAGCUAGCUAGCGGAGCAAAGCAAAGGAUUCAAAGAAGUUUUUUGUUUACUGGGUGGAUCGAUCUUUCCCUGGCUUGCAAGCAAAGGCCGGCCGGCCGAGGCGGCGCGCGGUAAGUUUCCUUUAAAGCGCGGCAGCGGGAAGCAGGAGUCCGCCCAGCAUGCAGCAGCGUCGCAAGUCGGUGUUCGGGUCGGCGCCGUACGCGAUGAAGCAGGCGGCGCUGGGCGCGGGCGUGGCGGCGCGGAAGAACGGCACGCCGCUGUCGAUGGCGGCGGUGGUGUUCUCGCUGUUCGUGUUCGCGACGUUCCUCUACAACGAGGACAUCAAGUCGAUCGCCGACUUCCCCUUCAGCGCCGGCGCGCUCCGGGCCAAGUCCCCCGACCUGCACCUCCUGCAGGAGGCCGAGGCCGCCGCGCACCAGGCCGUCACCACCCUCGCCAGGCGCGGCGAGGAGGUCAUCGUGCGCGUCCUCGACGCGCCCGCCACGGCGACCCUUCGGCCGGCCGCCAACGGCAGCAUCACCGGGACGGUGGUGGUGGCCAGGGCCAAUGCCGCCCUCGCCAAAGCCAACGCCAACGCGGCCGCGAAGGAGGAGGAGGGGCAGGAGAAGGACAGGGACGUGACGCUGCCCAGAGUGCUUGGAGGCGGCGGCGCGGAGGAGGCGAAGCGGCGGGAGGACGAGGAGGUGGCCGAGAGAGCAUCCACUGCCAAGGCUGCCGCGGCGACGGCGGCGCUGCGGACGGUGGUGAGCGUGCCGGAGACGUGCGACCUGUACCGCGGCGGCUGGGUGCACGACGAGGUGAACGCGCCGGUGUACAAGGAGGCGCAGUGCGAGUUCCUGACGGAGCAGGUCACCUGCAUGCGCAACGGCCGCCGCGACGACUCGUACCAGAAGUGGCGGUGGCAGCCCACCGACUGCGACCUCCCGCGGUUCGACGCGCUGCUGCUGCUGGAGCGGCUUCGCAACAAGCGUCUGAUGUUCGUGGGCGACUCGCUGAACCGGAACCAGUGGGAGUCGAUGGUGUGCCUGGUGCAGUCCGUGAUCCCCAAGGGCCACAAGACCCUCACCAAGUUCGUCAACAAUGGCUCCAGCAACAUCUUCUACGCCCAUGACUACAACGCGACAGUGGAGUUCUACUGGGCGCCGUUCCUGGUGGAGUCCAACUCCGACAACCCCAAGGUGCACAGCGUCCCCAACCGGAUCAUCCAGUGGCACUCCAUCGCCAAGCACGCCCAGAACUGGGUCGGCGUCGACUACCUCGUCUUCAACACCUACAUCUGGUGGCUCAACGAGCUCAACAUGAAAGUCCUGAAAGGGUCGUUCGAGGAGGGGGCUACCGAGUACGAGGAGGUCGACCGUCCCGUGGCGUACACCCAGGUGCUCAAGACAUGGGCAAAGUGGGUGGACCGCAACAUUGACCCCAACAGGACCACCGUCUUCUUCAUGGGCAUGUCACCCAACCACAUCACGCCGGAGGCGUGGGGCAACCAGGGCGGCAUCAAGUGCGCGAUGGAGACGCAGCCGAUCAGCAACCGGAGCGCGACGCUGGACGUGGGCACGGACUGGCGCCUCUACGCCGGCGCCCAGGACGUGCUGCGGACGUUCCGGCGCGUGCCCGUGCACUUCGUGGACAUCACGGCGCUGUCGGAGCUGCGCAAGGACGCGCACACCUCCGUGCACACGCUCCGGCAGGGAAAGCUGCUCACGCCGGAGCAGCAGGCCGACCCCAGGACCUACGCCGACUGCAUCCACUGGUGCCUGCCGGGACUACCCGACACCUGGAACCAGUUCCUCUACGCCCACAUCGUGUCCAGGCCAUGGACGACCACCCAGGAAGCCUAGGCUGGCGACGACUCCGAUCGAUUAUUAGGUGAAGCGAACGGAGCUGCAACGAGGCUCCCCUCUGGUACUGUAUACUCAACAGAGGAGCGAAAAGGGCAGCUGAAAGAAACCAAGGAUGCCUGCCCGCCAGCUCUCUCUUUUUCUCCUUUCACCAUUUUUCUGUUGGUUGCGUAAAGCUCUGCCGUGUCGUUAACCUGAGAUUCCUUUUUGUUCAAAAGAAAUGGAGGGUUAGGGUAAACAAGUAUUUGAGGUGGGCUGUGUUGACUCCUAGCUCAUUUUCUCCUCCUGCAAAAAGGUUUUGAGAUGUAUAGAGUUUUCGUGUUUUACAUUACACCAUAUACUGGUGCCCUCGACAUUAAGGGAGGUAUAAAGGCCGCAAUGUGCACCUGUUCUUCGCUAGUGUCGAUCCCUAUGUUCUUUCUCUUUUCCUUUUGGUUUCCGUCGAGCGAGUAGCUGUUUGACAACUGUUGUACAAGUACAAUAAUGUUCAGGUAAAGAUGUGCCUCAAGAGAAUCA